GGGGGUACUGGCGAUUCAGUAUAAACGCGAUCGGAUAGCUUCACAGAAUCCAGUCAUCUUCCGUUUGCAAUCGAAUAACUAUCCGCGUGAUCGACAUAAUUUUACAAAUUUUUUUUUGUUUAUAAAAAUAUAUCACAAUGAAGCUGGCUAUUGUUUUGGCACUGGCAGCCGUUUGCCUUGCCACUGUGUACGCAAUGCCUGCUGAGAAGCAAGCAAAAGAUGUCAAGGAUCCAGCAAUGGCCGCGAAAGACGUCAAAACUUCAACUGGAGCUGCGAAGGACACGAAGGAUCCUACCACCGCCUCGAAAGACGUGAAGGAUGCGAUAAAGGAUGCCAAAAAGAACAAGAAGGAAUGUGCCAAACAAUGUAAUCCCUCUCUGGAACAACCAAUCUGCGUUCACGAUCCAGCUAAUCCCAACUUCAAGCCAAGAACCUUUAUCGGUCAAUGCGCUCUUGACGUUGCCAAUUGCGAAAAUGGUUCCAAAUGGGUUGUUAAGAGCAAGGGUGAGUGUCCUGGAUCUGGUGGCGUCAGACUCUCGUAAACAUUCGAUUAGCACUUCCCAAGGACAACAACAGGAAUGUGAAUGGACUCUCGAUUCUGUCAACGGAUCCUACAUAAUACUAUCGUACAAUUAGCUUUCUAUAUGUGUGGUUUACAACACAAUUGUUAAUAUAUACCGCGAACAUUAAUAUGUAAUAUAAAUAUAUAUUGAAUAUAUAAAUUUCGCUAAUUAUUCAUCCAUAUAUUUGAAAUAGGUGUUUGGGAAAUUGAAGAAAUACCAAGAUAUUAAUGAGCAAUUAAAUUUUUCUUGAUUUCCAUCAAAUCGUACAAUAUACAAACAUUGUACAAGGUAGUACUGGAAUUUUGUGUUUGUAUAUACAAAUUGUGAUACUGAAAUGUUCUUUGGCUACUGUUUACAAUUUUGUCAAUUAAAUUUUAUAAUCGGUGAA